UGCGCUGAGGAGGUGGGGUUGCUGCGCUGAGUAAAGCAGAUCCUUUUGGAGAGGGUUUGCUCUCUGAAACAAUUGCACUCGGCCGGGUCUGACCCGCUGCAGUGGGUGGGAGCCAGUGGGGAAGGGAUGGGCAGGGAGCGGGGCAGCGCUGCCAGCUGGAUACAGCUCAGGGCUCUCCGUGCCGCUCGCCUUCCGUCUCCUAACAGGGAGAGGUCUGGGAGGAGACAGCGUCCGUGCAUCCUGUGGCAGGGCUGGUGGCUCUGCAUGUCCGUGAGGGACGCUCGGGCACCUGGACCGCUGUCCUCAGAAAGGAUCUGGCCAUUGGCAUGGUCACAGGGCAGUGCAGAGCCGAGCCGGGGAAGACGUCGGGUCUGCUGAAGGUGGUCCUUCUCUGCUGGAGGCCCAGAGGUUGUGCGCACCCAGGGCCCGGCCGAGCUGUCUGUCGCCCCGGCUCCUGCCGACGAAGGGUGCCUGGGGCGGGUUGGAGGCUUCGGUUUUGGCGUUGGGGCAGCAUCCCCGCCUGCCUAGGCAGGGUUAAAUUGGAUUCCCUGGCUAGGCUGAGCCGUGUUGCUGGAAAACACUCCUCUCCCUCCUGGGGGACCCUUGGCUGGGCUUGACGCCGGGCCUGGAGCCGGGCCAGGCUUCUGGGGUGCAAGCACGACUGGGGCCAUGCAGAUGACAUGAUGCUUAUGGCCCUGGCUUUUUCCAUCUGCAGCCAGUCCCUGCGGCGGGGAUCAAGCCACGCUCAGCUCGGCUGACAGCCCUGGCUGAGCUCCCUGGUCCCUCGCCUUCCUGGCGUGCCCUUCGCCUGGGCCACAGGUCCCCGGGGGUGCUCGGGCGCGUGGUGGGCACAGCAUAGGCUGCUCCCCAGAGGUUUUGAACUGCUGGGCCGUGCUGGCGCCGUGUUUUCACGGGUGGUGUGAGCGCUUCCGGCAGCGCCGAGCAGCUGCCAAAAUGCCGGCGCUUUCGAGCAUGUCCCAGGUGGGUUCUGCACCUGGAGGACGGCAGCCAGCCGGCUGUGGGGCGCACCCAGGGUGCUGGAGGGGUCGGGGUGGGUGCUCUGUGGUGCAGGGAGGGCUUGCAGCCAUCCUGACCAGCCUCUUCCCCCCUGCCCUGUCCCGCAGGCUGGAGGAGGUGCCCUUGGAGGUGCUACGGCAGCGGGAGUCCAAGUGGCUGGAUAUGCUCAACAACUGGGACAAGUGGAUGGCAAAAAAACACAAGAAGAUCCGGCUGCGGUGCCAGAAAGGGAUCCCACCCUCGCUGCGGGGCCGAGCCUGGCAGUACCUCUCUGGGAGCAAGGUCAAGCUUGAGCAGAGCAUCGGCAAGUUUGACGAACUGGAUGUCCUCCCAGGAGACCCAAAGUGGCUGGAUGUGAUCGAGCGGGAUCUCCAUCGGCAGUUCCCCUUCCAUGAGAUGUUCGUCUCGCGUGGAGGCCAUGGGCAGCAGGACCUGUUUCGGGUGCUGAAGGCAUACACGCUGUACCGCCCAGAGGAGGGCUACUGCCAGGCCCAGGCCCCCAUCGCCGCCGUCCUGCUCAUGCACAUGCCGGCCGAGCAAGCGUUCUGGUGCCUGGUGCAGAUCUGUGAGAAGUACCUCCCCGGCUACUACAGUGAGAAGCUGGAGGCCAUUCAGCUGGACGGGCAGAUCCUCUUCUCGCUGCUGCACAAGGUCUCACCUGUGGCCUACAAGCACCUGAGCAAGCAGAAGAUCGACCCCAUCCUCUACAUGACGGAGUGGUUCAUGUGUGCCUUCUCCCGCACGCUGCCCUGGAGCUCCGUCCUGCGUGUCUGGGACAUGUUCUUCUGUGAAGGGGUGAAGAUCAUCUUCCGGGUGGGCCUCGUGCUGCUCAAACACACCCUGGGCUCCUCGGACAAGCUCAAGUCCUGCCAGGGCCAGUACGAGACCAUGGAGAGGCUGAGGGCCCUCAGCCCCAAGAUCAUGCAGGAGACCUUCCUGGUGCAGGAGGUCAUCGAGCUGCCGGUGACGGAGCGUCAGAUCGAACGGGAGCACCUCAUCCAGCUGAAGAAGUGGCGGGAGACGCAUGGGGAGCUGCAGUGCAAGUCCCCCCCGCGCCUGCACGGCGCCAAAGCCAUCAGCGAGGCCGAGCCCCCCACCCGCAAGGCGCUGGAGUCCGUCCCCUCCAUCAUCGUCCCCCCUGGGCCUGCCCCCGUGCCCAAGGCCCGAAAGAGCAAGGAGAAGAGCAGAGAAAAGGGCCCGGCCAGCCCCGCCAAUGGCCCCGGGGCUGAGGGCAAUGGGGUGCCUGGCUCGGCCCGGGAGCUGCUGCACCCCCAGGUCUCCCCCCAUCACCAGUCCAAGGAGAGCCUGAGCUCCCGGGAGAGUGAGGACACGUACUUGUAGGGCCGGCGCGGCGCUGGGUCCACAACCCGGGCAGCCGGGCUCAGCUGGGCUGUGCACGGACCUGGGCUGAAGGACGCUAAUGGGGGGUGUGCGGGGAGUGCGGUGCCCGGUGCAGGGGGGCUCUGUGGUGAGGGAUGGGGGCGAGAUGGCUGCCGUGGCUCCCUGCGGCUGGUGGGGCUCCCUGGGGCCACCGCGGUCCCUGUGUGCAGGGAUGCCUGUGCAGGGCGGGCUUGAAGCUGGGGGCCAUUAGCAGGAGCUUGGCAAGGUGUGGUGACCAAAGGGGCCACCUUCAGGCCAUGCUGGGUGCCCACCCCAGCAGGGUGCUGGCACCACAAGUGGUGGGAGCCCUGGCAGGGGGUGGCUGAGCCACUUGAGCUCCCUCCCCAGGGCUGGGGGGGCUGAGCUGCCCCUUGGGCCCUUCUCCCUGUCCUCAAGCCCCUUAACCCCUGUCCCCAGGGUCCCUCCUGUGGCCCCCACCCUCCUGCCUGCCCUGCACUGGAUGGGCAGACCCAGACUCCAAGCGCUCAUGCCUGGUGCAGGGGGGACACGCAAGGAGCCGGGGGGACCCCUCACCCCCCUCCUCUUUAUCUAGUGAGGAUAUAUCCAGUGUAGCCCUAUAUCUAGUACCGAAUUUACCUACUCACUGAGCCUAUUUAUUAUUCCUCCGUGGCAGUAACUGUCGCAGGACAGGGACCGAGGUUGGGAGCUGCAGGCAGGAUGUACCGGAGGCAGCGGGAUUUGAUGCCAGACCAUAACCAUGGGGCUAAAGCCCCCCCCACCCCCCUUCCCUGGGCUCCCCACGGCUCGGGAGGGAGUGUUUGCCCUGUUGG